GCCUGGCUGUCCAGCGGCUCUUGAAUGCAGCACGGGCUCUGUCAGACAACCGCUCGAACUUUGGACCGACCUUUAUAAACUCAAGUCCUCCCCUGAACCGCAGCGGCAGGCUGUUAUUCACGAUGGCCGGGCCUCCUGUUGUCAUAUGGGAGCAUGAAGUUGAGCGGCUGCUGCACUACAGAGAGCUGGUCCCCAGGCUGGAGGCCGCCCUGGGGAAGUUCUCCAGGCGGGACAGCGCGGAGGUGAUCCAGCCUGUGCGCUCCACGGUGCCCCUGCAGAAACACAACGGCUUCAUGGGGCUGAUGCCUACAUACAUGGAGAACGACGGUGUCCUGUGCACGAAGUUCGUGUGUUUCUACAGCAGGCAGGAGGGCUCGACUCUGCCUGGCACACAGGCCACCGUGGUGCUGCUGGAUCCCGAGUAUGGGAACGUGAAGGCUGUCAUGAAUGGAGACGUCAUCACAGGUAUGAGGACAGCUGCAGUCUCGGCCAUCUCUGCUAAGCUGCUGAUGCGUCCUGAAGCAGAGGUCCUGGCCAUCCUGGGGACCGGCCAUCAGGCCCUGAGCCAUUACAAUGUCUUCACAGAAAUGUUUCCAUUCAAAGAGGUGCGUGUGUGGAGCCAAUCGAGACAGCGAGCAGAGAAGUUCUGCCAGUCCGUCGGUGGUCCGGUGAAGAUAUGUCUCUCUGCAGAGGAGGCAGUGAGGGGAGCGGACGCCAUAGUGACAGUGACCAAAUAUACAGAGCCAGUGCUCUUCGGUCGGUGGGUUAAACCCGGCGCCCAUGUGGCAGCGGUGGGAGCUUGCAGGCCAAACUGGCGGGAGCUAGACGACGUGCUGAUGAAGGGGGCGGUGGUGUACGUUGACAGCAGAGAGGGAGCGAUGGCCGAGGCCGGCGACGUCAUCCUCUCUGGGGCUGAGGUGUUCGCAGAGCUCGGAGAUGUCAUUAACGGCACAAAACCCGCCCACAGAGACAAGACGACCGUGUUCAAAUCACUUGGAAUGGGAGUUGAAGAUGCUGUGUCUGCUCAGCUGGUGUUUGACCAGUGGACAGCCAAUGCCAGCAAACUGUGAGGAGGCCAUCGUACACAAGCUCAUCGAGAUGAAGCCAACACAAGAAAGGACGAGAAAUAGCAAUUUUCGAUCUAUAUGGAUUUUAAUUCAGUUUUUCCAUCCUUAGAUAAAAAUAAAGCCGCUGCUGUUAGCUAGAUGCUAAUGUCAGCAUUCUGUUUGUCAUAUGCAAUAUUUACCAUGCUAAUACACCCACUGACAUUAAUGGUUACAUGCUCAUGUUCAGCUGCCAUCGUUACAAUAUUCACCAUUAGUUUAGUGUGGCAGCAUGCUAACAUUUGCUAACUUGCACUGAACACUAGGUACGGCUGACAGUCAUGGAAACACCUUAAGUUUUGUGUCAUAAAAACAUGUCAAAUUAAACUUUGACCCCCUGGUGGUGCUAGAGGAAGUGGUGGAACAGCUGACGUUGCCAUCCUGAGAGGCAUGUUCCCAGCAUGCCUUGUAUUGCCAAGCAUCAGUUGUUUCCAGCUUCAAAUAUGAUUUGUUUCCUUUUUUUGAUUAUAUGUGAAUACAUUUGCUGUGUUUGAAAUUAUUGACUAUCAUAAUUUUUUUUUAAAAAUAUAUCUGAUUGACCUACA